UCCGCUUAAUCUCAUUUACUUCUUUUGUCUAGCCCUGAGUGGCUCGAUCCCAAACGCCUUGCUGUUGUAUCUCUGGUGCACUAUAGGGGGCGUUGAGCGGCCUGUCACGCGCCUUAAUUAGCGCACUUCAAUAGGGAGUGGAACUGGGAUUGUGAUUGGACCGUUGGCUUCCUCACGCGCGACGCCGUUGCUAGGGAGUCCUGAGAGGAAUCCCUUUCUGACUCGGAGAUAAAACAGGGCUCGUGCUUGUGAUUAGUUUUAAUUUGGUGUUCUUCUUGUUGUUAAUGAUUAAAAAAAUGGACAGGUCUCAUCGCGCUAACGUGCUCGUUACAUCCUGUCUGAAAACACCGGUGGAUCCGCGCACUAAAGUCCCGCUGGCUUUAUACGAGAGAGCGCGUGCUGCUCCGGUAAUAACGGAUGGAGAACAGAUAGAGUCUGACUCUGAAUUAGCCCCAGGCACCGAUGAUGCUCACGCUAAUGUUAGCUGCCCUCUGCCGAUGACAGAUCGCUGUAAAAUGGGCGAUCACAUCGACCUGCGUGAGCUGUACUUCUCUAAUGAGGAGUACUACAGAAAGCUGGAGCAGCUGAGGAGAGCCCACCUUCGCACCAUGGCUGAUCUCGAGCUCAUGUACCUUAAGAAACUUGAGCCGAAGGGCACUGCACCUCUGAGCAACUCUGACCGAGUUUGUCUUGUGAGGCAUGCGUCUGGCUGUAGGCUGCAGUGUCAUCAGACAAACAAUACGACUGGGGGAAAACUGAAGAGGGCUCACUCAGCCCACGAGCUCAGAAGCAGCACCUGCAUGGAUGAGGUGCGAAGUGACCGAGGUGACCAUGUCAGUGAAAACAUUACAAAAGAUCUUCUCAUCUCACCAAAAGAACACAUCAAGAACAUGUGGAGAGGCUUCUGUGUCGACAAAAUGUCUUCAAGUGAGCAGCAACCUUCCUCAGCGUCGCUAGAGAACCAUCCAGGUGACCGUCAAACCACGGUGGAACCAAACACCAUGGCCAGAGUUCAAAGGUCCAGAAAAGGAAAGCGGUCAAAAGAGGAAGGCUGGCGUCCACAGGUGACGGUGCCCAAGCCUUUCCAGAUGACACUCCGGGAGACGGAAAACAAACGCAAGGGGAUCAGGUCUCGCUCGGAGAUCGAACGGGAGAACGAGGAGCUACGCCGGGAGCUAGAGGAGCUGACCGAGUGCCAGCGCAAGUUCCGAGCCACUGCGGUGCCCGCUCAUGUGCGCCUACCGUUAUACGAGGAACUGCGGGAGCGAGCUGAAGAACGCCGUCGGCAGUUGCGGGAUGCAGAACAGCAGCGCCUCUUCGCAACCCAGAGGCCUUUUAGCUUUCUAGAGAGGGAGCAUAUCAAGAAACAGCAGAAGGAUCUCCAGAUGCUCCUCUCCAUUAAGGAGCAAGAGGAACACAGGAGGCGCCCAUUUCGCGCCAAACCUGUUCCCCGUGCGGUUAAGGAGGCGGCGUUGGGCGAGCGGCAUAAAGAAGAGCAGCUCUACCGGGAAAUCAAGAAAGAGAUGCGGGCGACAGAGAUGCUCCUGAGCGCCACCGGGCCACCCGGCAUGCUGGCCAGACGUCACCGUGAACGCCGUGCUCAGAAAGAAGAGCAGUCUGAAGACAGCACCAACCGCAGGAACAGAAUCGGCUCCCAGGUGCCCGACUUCGACGCCAGCUAUAGGCGCUUUCAGAAGAAGCUUGCGAGCAAACGGGAAUUUCGACCUCUGACAGCUUGCGAACCCUUCAAGCUGUGCACGGUUAACGUCAGCUCGCGUAAAGAGCGCCUCACGGCCAAUCCUGAGGCAGAGAGGAGGAGCCAGAGGAGAUCUAGAUGCCUGUUUGAUUCACUUUCACCUCGAACACCUUUGUCCUCUGUGUGUUCAUCUCUGUCUGGGAGCCAUGAAUACCUUCCUUCCAAAAUUACUGACGCAGCCAAGAAACGUCAAGAGGCUAUUAGGAAAGUUCUCGAACAGAAGAAGAAGGCUGAGCAAGAGGAGGAGAAAUGGAAGGAGCAACAGAGGCAGAAGGAGAGGAAACUGCAAAAGCUGAUAGCCAAGCGUGCUCAGGCCAACGACCCACACGUGGCCCUGGCACAGAUUUGUGAAUCCAAACUCAAGGAGUUCAGGAAACAGGACCUGCAGAGGCGCAGAGAGUAUCAAGAGGAGAUGAGAGAAAUUCAAGAGAGAGUGAAAAGCAGACCUCUUCUACUAGAACGAGUAACACAGAUGAAUGCCAAGAAGGCAGCAGAGAAGCACUAUACUGAAGCCCUGCGUGCGUUUGGUCUCAGUGAGGCCUUCGUCAACAGUAAAGCUCUCACAAGUGAACACGACUACACCCUCUCAGGUCGCUCAGUGAUUCAUGGGUCUCUCACACACAGGAAGGACCAGACAGCUUGUCAUCUAGAGGAUGCUGAUUUUGAAGAUUAUUUACCUGGCAACUAUCCUGCUGAUCAUGAAGAUUGUGAACCAGACGUACCGAUGGACAAGAAGAACGAGAGACAGCAGGAAGACAAGGGAGAAAAACUAGACAAAGAAGGUGACCCCGAUGAGGACGGAGACGACGGUCGUCCCUACGAGGACGAUCUGGAUUUUGAUGAUUUUGAUGAUCAGGAUGGGGAUGAAAGUGAUGAAGGGUGCAGUGAUAGAAGCCACAGUCGCCACAGCAACACAAGCAGGGCGAGUGACAGCGGUAAAAGAAGUACAAGCCCUUUAACGGAUGGAGGGAAGAAAGAAGACGGGAAAAGCGGACGUGGAAGUCAGGAGUCUAUGAGUGGUGAAGAAAGAGGAGAAGAAAAGAAUGAUGAUAAGGACUGAAGGAGCCAUUUUAUUUGUGACUCUUUAGCUCCUCUUGUGGAAAUGGUUGGGAUUUUAUUUUUUUGGUGCAGUAUUUAUUGUAAGGGUGGAGUAUGAAUCGAUCCAUUCUUUUAUUUCAUCUUCAUGUAGAUGUUGAGAUCUUGAUAUAAUAAAGAUUUGCUAUCUUUCAUAGGUGGGUCAGUGUCCAUGUUGGUUUUA